AGGCACAUUGUCGCAUGCAUGGACAAUUACGUUGACGACUUGUUUGGCGAAGACGGCAUCAACGCCGCCAUCGCUGCCACUUUUGAUACUGAUGCACUUUCUCAACGGAUCGAGCGCUCUCACAUCGUAGGCUGUUGCCAGACCAGUUGUGUUGCUCAAAUAUCUGCAGAUUCUCGCAAAGUCUUCGUACGCGCUCUCUGUCGCGACAAGAGUACCGCCAAAUGGUCCUUGUCUGACGAAACCGAAGUCAAUGUGUCAGAAGGUGCCAUCUUUACCCAUGUUGAGUGGAGCAGUUCUGGUCUGGAUCUGGUCAUUGCGGAUCAGUUCGGUCGCUUUACACUGUUCAGUUUGACCCAUGCCUUGAAUAGUCUCGAACGCCGCCCCGUGAACUUGACUAGUACCGUCGAUGAUUUGAACCAAGUGGUCGGCCUUCACUGGCUUCCUCUAAAUCUUGCGGGUCAGACGCGUGGUAACAGAUGGAGCAACACAAUGAGACUUCAUGAUAUCCAUGGUGUCUCAAACCCAAUCGACAACAAGGCAGCCUUCUUAUGCGUUACUCGCAGAUGUCAUCUCAAACUCAUUUACGAACAGCCUGGCCAGCCAUGGUCACAAUUUGUCUUGACUCUAGACAACCUGACCGAUUCUGGAGACGUGCUUACGCAUGCCGCAUUCUGUCAAGCUAAUCGUCACANNGAACAUCUUGUCAUGGUUACAUACGAUGCUUCCAAACGAUUGCGUCUGUAUAAAAUCAUGAUCAACUGGAAUGCUAAUGCUGGUGACGGAAACACCCACAAAGCCACCCUUAAUCCUCAGAUGGCCAUCCUGCAUGUCGAGCUUCUCGAUCAAUGUGUCCCUCAAUCCUCGGAACGAGCAGCAAGUGCUCAGCUAUCAUCGUUGCAUGUAGAACCAAUCUCACAAGCCAUCGAAAACAGCACAUUCACUGUUGUGGCCGUAUUUACUAGCGCCGCGCAAGAUCACGGCGGCAAGUUCAGCAUUAUAUCUCGAUGGGACCUUCAACAGACCGACGUCGCGUUACACGACAGUUUCAAGGGCUUGAAGCCGACAGCUUCUCAACCUGCCGCCAACAAGCCUGUGCAAAGAUUGCAUCGAAUGGAAGAUGUUUUCUCACAGAAGGCUAUACUGGCUCUCCAGAGCAAUGUAUAUCACAACACAUUUGCCUUUGCGACGAGCGAUGGCAUGGUCGAGUUCCGUUCUCGAGAAACCAUGCAGAUGAUCGUGCCAGAUGGGGACACCAACAAGGCUACAAGUCUGCCUCAAAACGGAUUCUCUUUCCUGGCCUCAGAAUGUAUAGACAUUUCCCUCUCGCCUAGCAUGGCAACUUCAGUCAUCACCAAACCAGAUGGCACUCUCAACUUACACAACGCUGAGUACUUGCAUGGUUGGAAGGAUGUCAAAGAUGACAAUGCCGCUAUUGUGUCUCUGGCUCGAGAACUUGGCAUCGUGACCUGCUACCAGAUCGGCUUUGACGACCUACUAUCUGUGGUUCCGACGGAUCUAGACAGAAGUCUUCGACGCAAGUUCAUCAGCGAGAUCUUCCGCACGAUAAACCGCAACCUUGACUUUUCCCUCGAUGACCCUAAACUGCAGUCUGGCAGAGUCUUGAAAGACAGUCUCUUGUACAGAAUUGCCAGUGCACAGCUGAUCAUCAGCUACCAGAUCGAUCCCAAACGACGAGACAUCCCUGCAAAGGCAGCAUGGGUUUUGCUAAACCUUCGCUCAGUAUGCACUAAUAUUGCACAAACACUGAGCAUGACUUUGCAAAUCAGGGGGAUGAACAACUUGGAGUCCAGCUUAUUCGUUUCGCUCAAAGGGUUGGUCAAAUGGUCGUUGGACCUGAUGACGCUCAUCUUCGACGACAUGAUUGAGCUGAAACGAUUUUGCAAAGGCAACUUCGACCGAGAGAGGAUUCUGGCUUAUGUGCAUGAAAAGAAUACUGCAACUCUGCAUCUUCUGCUUAGCAGUACAUCACGCGCAUUGUUGGGCAUGCUGGCCAACUUGAUCCGUAACUUUGCCAUGCGGGUUUUCAAGACUCAGGAGAAGGUGAGUCACAGCAGCAGAACCAACGACAUCCGCGAUAGCAUUGAACUGCUACACAUGGAAGCAAUGAUGGGAUCAGAGUUGCCUUUCGAAAUCAGACUAUUCGAGCAGCUCGUUGCAGAGAUCGACGGCAAUAUCCGUGCAACUUACCAAGCUGCGCAAUCAUCACCCNCCNAAAGAAGUUCCUACGAGCAGGGCAUGCUCGUCGACGCUGACAUUCCUGAGGCGCUGAGCCCAGUGCUACAAAGACUGUUUGGCGAGGUCAUUCCGCGUCUGGAGAACCAAAUCGAUGGCGUUGCAAUCUACACUGCAGAUACGGCUUGGUUGGGUCUGGGCGAAGAUGAAGAAGCGAACAAGCGAACCGGCAAGCAACAGUACGAUGUGCUGCGCAAGUGUGUCAUACCACCAAAUGCAAAGGUCAGGCAGUGUAGGAGAUGUGGCAGCGUCAUUGAGAACCUGGUAGACGGUCACAUGGCUGCUUGGGUGCAGAAUGCGCACAAGAUGUGUAUCUGUCUCUCACACUGGGUUCUUGCUUGA